AUGGAUCAGCAGAGGAUCACACAGCAGACUCCUCAAUGGAGCAUACAGAGCGGUGCCAGUGCACGUGCUAUGAAAAGUGCGUCGCAUGCUAGGCUUACGAAUAACCAGCAACAGCUGGAAAUCGAAUACAAGACCAUGAAACAGGAAAAUGCUAAGUUGAAAGAGGUUAUAACGACGUUAAAGCAAGAAAUUGACUUAUAUUCCAGAGUAAUGUCGAGGAAUUCUUCUCAGGUUGGUCCUACUACGGCAACGAUACCGCUGCAGAUGGAAACCUUACUUGUGAAUCCAAAACGUAGGAAAACUAUGUGUUUGGGAAGCAGUAUUAAACCUUGA